AGCAGUGCAGCAGUGUGCUUCAGUUGCAACCUUGCCACGGUUGUGAAGGGGCUGUGAUUUAGCACACCCAGCAGCAGCGACACCCCUGCUUCUCUUCUCAAACCAGAUGCUGCCGCUGAUCCUGCUGCCCUGGGCUCCCCAUGCCAAUCUGGAGUGAGUAAUGAAAUCCAACCCUCUUGGCUCCAGUAAUGAUGCUGGUUCCAUGAGCCCCUGUGAUGCUCCGAUAGUACAGCCGCUGCAGCUCUUUCUUUCUUCUGUUCUUCCAUAAUCUCAGGCUGUCAUGGCGACUCCCAACAAUGUUACUCCCACCAACUGCAGCUGGUGGCCCAUUUCAGCUCUGGAGAACGAUGCGGGCAAAUCCAUGGAGGCAGAGGAAAACCAGGACCUGGCACACCCUGCUUUCAGAUCCAAGGACAGGCUGGUUUUGUAUCACUGGACCCAGUCAUUCAGUUCACAGAAGGUCCGCCUGGUCAUUGCAGAAAAGGGGUUACCAUGUGAGGAGCGGGAUGUUAGCAUGCCACUCACUGAGCACAAAGAGCCCUGGUUUAUGCGGCUCAAUCUUGGGGAAGAGGUACCUGUGAUCAUCCAUGGAGACAACAUCAUCAGUGACUACGAUCAGAUCAUUGAUUAUAUGGAGAAGAACUUCACAGGAGAAAACUUCACCCAGCUGAUUCCUGAAGCGGGGAGCCUCCUUCAUUCCAGAGUGGUGCAGUACAGAGAGCUCCUGGAUUCUUUGCCCAUGGAUGCUUAUACGCACGGAUGCAUCCUCCACCCAGAGCUCACCACAGACUCCAUGAUUCCAAAGUAUGCUACAGCUGAGAUCCGCAGACAUUUAGUGAACGCCAGCUCAGACCUGAUGAAACUAGACCAUGAAGAGGAGCCGCAGCUAACAGAGCCAUAUCUUUCCAAACAGAAGAAACUCAUGGCCAAGAUCCUGGAACACGAUAAUGUGAACUACUUGAAGAAAAUCCUGGGUGAGCUGGGAAUGGCGCUAGACCAGAUUGAGGCUGAGCUGGAGAAAAGAAAAAUUGAAUAUCAAGGACAGAAGUGUGAACUCUGGCUUUGCGGGUGCGUAUUCACCUUGGCUGAUAUCUUGCUGGGAGCCACCCUGCACCGCCUCAAAUUUCUAGGACUCUCUAAGAAAUACUGGGAAGAUGGCAGCAGGCCCAACCUACAGAACUUCUUUGAAAGGAUACAGAGACGCUUUGCCUUUAGGAAAGUUUUGGGAGACAUACACACCACCCUUCUCUCAGCUGUCAUACCCAACGCCUUCAGGCUGGUCAAACGGAAACCUCCAUCCUUUUUUGGCGCUUCCUUCCUCAUGGGAUCUCUAGGGGGGAUGGGAUAUUUCGCUUAUUGGUAUCUAAAGAAAAAAUACAUCUAAUGCUGGCUGUUCUGGUGCAUAGUUUGGUGUCUCUGUGCUGUGUGAAACCAUGAUGAAUCUUCUGUAAUUGUAAUGAAAUUUGAAACCAAUAUGAAUAACUAUACUGUUAAUGUAACAUUCCAUAGUCUAGAAGUAGAAACUUAUUACUGCAAGGAAGCGAAUCAACAAAAAUAGUCAACUUGUAAAAUGCCUUUUUUUAGGUUUAAGUAUGACAAAAUCGUAAACAGGGAAUGUGCAGAAUGCUUACACAACCACUGUGGAGCAAAACUGCCCUCUAGCACAGGCGAGCGCCAUCAGAAGCAAGAUGGCAAUUCCACCCCAGCAACACAAAACUGAAAGGUGGGGCUCUCUUCUGAACCUUUCCAUUUUUCCCCAAUGUUUGUUGACCACAUAGCACAUUUUUUUCACAGGUGCAAAUAGCAGGGACUUUUCUCUCCUACGAGCUGUUGUGGUGUUGUCAUGAGACAGAGUCUUUUUGUAAUUUAAACAAAACUAGAAAGAACACAAUCAGUGUAGACCACAGUAGCUUGUGAAGUUCUGGCUUAAGGUGGAAAAUGAAUAAUUUGUCUCCCUUUCUCUCUCUUUGUUCAUUUCCAUUCAAUCAAGUAUUUUUAUUGACCUGCGCUUAGAACGUAUCCACUUUCUACUUCUAUUUUUUUAAUUUUUUAAUUGUAUCUAUAGCUGAACAGCCAGCAGUUUCUUCUGAUUGUAACCUUGAUUUCACAGGUGGAUUCUGUCCUACUGAGACAUUUGCCUCAAGCUUUGUUCAUGAAUUUGCCAAGCAUCGUUCACCAACGGAGCCUUUUUGGACUCUUAACGACAUGAUUGUUUUCAUAAGUUUCAAGCCAUUUCCAAAGAAUUUAUUUAUUUUGUUUCAGCUGUUUUCAUCUUCCUUUGGGAGCUUUUUCUGACUACUUUCUCAUUGUGUAUUUUCUUAGAAACACUUUGCACAGAAAAUCACCGUUUUUCACUUUCUUGUGCCUUUUGCAUGUUGGAAAGCGUAAUGAGCAUCACUGCUACUCAUGCUUACAAAAAAACACAUCUAAAUAAAUCAUAUGGGAGGAGUAA